CCACCGUUCCCACCAUUCCGCCUUAUUUACGCGUACAGAAGUGAAAGGUCGAUCGAUUUCUGAGUUUGGCUGUAUUAAAUAAACACAGAGAGUAUUGCAGAGCGUUAAAGUCAAGAAUAACAAUAAGUUUACGAGGUGACAGUUGUUACAGGCGAACUUUAUAUAACUUACUUGUGAAGAAUUGCCAUUGACAGAUCGUUCUGUUUUGGCAGUAACGUUAUUACACCAAGGUUGUUCUUCUAUUCCCGUUUUUUCCCUCCCCACUAAACCUACUGAGCCGAGAGAUACGGUCUGUGAAGAUAAUCGAAGAUGUCGUCUAAGAUGCAAAGCUCUAAUAAUAUAGCCCAGGCCAGAAGGACUGUUCAACAGCUACGGGUAGAAGCUAACCUAGAGAGAAUAAAGGUGUCUAAAGCUUCUGCAGACCUCAUGCAUUACUGCAGUGAACAUGCCAAAUAUGAUCCUCUUCUAAUGGGCAUCCCAGCUUCAGAAAACCCUUUUAAAGAUAAAAAGCCCUGCACUAUAUUGUAGUGGGAUGCUUGAACUCUUAAUGUAUGUUUUGAUGUUUCCUUUUAUUUUAUUUUUUAAUAGAAAGAAUAUGAUCUUCAAACAUUCAUUCACUAUUCGCCUUAAAAUGAGCUAAGCCCCAAGCUAUUAUUUGUAUCCACUCUAGAAAUGUUCCUGUUGUCUAUGAAAAGGAGAGUCAAAGCUCCUAGUAAACAAAUCAUUUGUGGUGCAAACACAAAACCAACCUAUGAAUGAAUUUUUCACUUUAGGGCACAGCACAGAUGAGUUAUUUGCAUUGUGAUGGUGUCUACUGAUGUGGUUGUGUCUUCUGCAAAUAAAGGGUGAGGUCAGAGUGGGCAGCUCUCAGCCGUGCUGGUAUCAUGAAGCACAGGAAACUAUUAUUUUUAAUGACUGCACUCUUUAAUAUAUAUCUGCAGAUAAGCAGAGCCUCAUCAGCGGUGCUUUGACCCCAUCUGAUGCUUUUAAAGGCGUCCAGUCACAGGGAGAUGUGGGGGGAUUGAUGUGAGGGCUGUAAUGUCAGCUUCACGAAUGUGUGAAGAGUGCUUGUGCUCAGUGGAGGAGGAAACAGGUAUCUUUGGAGGCGUCACAUUGACGUAAUGCUACUCCGGCCCUCCCUCAUUAACUCACUGUGUCUGAACAAUGGAGUGAUACAAAGCUAACCCCUCCUGUCAAAUCACUACACGCAAGACUGUGCCCUUUCCUUUUUCUCGCAGUAAACCAAGUGAACUAUGUUUCAAAAGUUCAACAACUGCCAAAACCUGCAGAUCAGCAUUUUAAGAGUAAUACAAGGUCAUGUGCUCAUGCAGUUGUAUGGAAGUAUUGUUUAUCUCCCACUUUUUUCUUCUUCUUUUAAUUAGUCAAACACAAUUUGGGAAACACUUUACAAUAAGGUCCAAUUCGUUAAAAUUAAUGUAUUAGGAAUCAUGAACUAGCAAUGAUAAGCACAUUUUAACAGCA